AUGGCAGAUGUUGAACUCCUUGGAUUAUUUUCACGCUACGGUUCCGUCAAGACAUGCCGCAUUAUCCGCGACAGGAGUACGGGUGUCAGUUUCGGCUUUGGAUUCUGUGAAUAUGAGACAUCUGUUUCUGCUCGAAACGCCAUUUCUCACCUUAACGGAUAUUGCGUCAACGAAAAAGUCUUAAAAGUGUCCUUUGCGAGGGUUCAAGAGACAUCUAAUACUACAAAUCUCUAUGUUAAGAAUUUUCCAGUGUGGGUGACGGAGCAACAUCUUUGCGCGCUACUUUCUCGAUUUGGCCGUAUUGUUCAAUGUCGUGUGCUACGUGAUCAUACUACUCAGCAGCCCAAAGGGGCCGCAUAUGUUCUUUUCGAGUCUCAGACAGAUGCUGAGCUUGCCAAGGAAAACUUGGACGGAAAGCCAUGGCCUGGAUCCUCUGAUUGUCUCUUGGUGUCCGUCCGAUAUGCUAGUCCGCCUCAUCGUCUUGCUUGUAGGAAAACAUCUAACAUCCAAAGCCAGCGUCCAGCCGUCCAGCAUAAUAACCUUCCAACUCCUGAUCAAAGCGUUUUUACAGGAUCAAACAUAGCAUCCCAGUUUCUGUCGGCCUGCAAUCAGAGGACGGCGCCAAAUAAUGCAUAUCAUCAGGGUCAUCACCGUUUUCCCCAUGCCCAAGGAUUGAUCGGGCAAAAUUCUGCUAUUCAUUCUGCGCUGACCCCGCUCUAUGGCGUUGUUUGGCCCCCUAGCAGUCCCGUCGCUUCGGACAUUCCUGGGUUCAGUAAUCAAUUUCCACUUACUCAUCAAGGCUACUAUCAUCACCAAUUGCCUCUAGCUCAACAAUCCUUCCCUCUAUUAUGGCCACAGUCUUUCACACCCGGAACACUUCAAACAGCGCAGUAUCCAAAUACUUGUUUGAAUACCGCCGAUUCUGUGCUCAACGGUAGUCACUUCAACUCUUCCUUGCCGAAUUUUUUUGGCUCCUAU